UGAUCAGAUUCGAAUCUCAGUAGGCAUCACUGCCCGAGUUGACGGUUUUCGGUCAAACAAGAAAAAUGUCGAAAAUUGAAUAAAAAUCUAACACGGAUCCAUCAUAUAAAUAGGUACUUAUUUCGGAAUUAUUUUCCCAAAUUUUCGGUGCUAGUUUUGUACGAUAUUAUGGGUUCCAAGACCGAAGUAACCCAAAAGGAGUUGCAGUCCGCCUUGUCGGAAAGACGACCUAGCGAAGAAGACCAUCUGAAACGACGAGAAUCCGUAUUGGAGAGCAAUGGCUACUAUGUCAAGGAAACCAUUGGAACUGGAGCAUUUUCUGUCGUCAAGAAAGCCUUUUCUAAAACACAUAACCGAUCAGUCGCCAUCAAAAUAGUUUCAAAACAAAAAGCCACCAAGGAUGUACUGACCAAGUUUUUACCCCGGGAAAUAGACUUGGUGCGAGGACUAAAGCACGUGAAUUUGAUCCGAUUUUACGAGUGUAUUGAAACUACAAUGAGGUUUUAUAUCGUAAUGCAAUGCGCCGAAAAUGGGUCGCUACUGCAGCUUAUUCGCAAGGAAAAGUGUCUUCCUGAGGUUCGAGCCAAAUUGUUUUUCAACCAAUUAAUCAAUGCUGUUGAGUACAUUCACAAGAUGGGAGUGGUCCACCGAGACAUCAAAUGCGAAAAUAUUGUUUUUGACGAAAGCUUUACAUUGAAAUUGAUUGAUUUUGGAUUUGCCCGGGGAGAUAUGCUGCCGGUAGUUGCGGGAGGUAAAUUUAAACCAGUUCUGUCGAAAACCUUUUGCGGCAGUCAUGCAUAUGCUAGUCCCGAAAUUCUCAAAUCUCUUCCAUACCAACCACAACUGUCGGACAUUUGGGCUGUUGGGAUCGUACUCUAUACCAUGGUAAUUGGUCGGCUACCAUUUUCUAAUGAGAAUAACGUAAACGCUCUUAUUAAGCAAGUGACAGCUGGGCCAAAAUUUCCCAAGGAUCGGUGUGUCAGUGAUGACUGUAGAGAUCUUAUAGUCAAAAUUUUACGACCGGCUAAUCAACGCAUAUCCAUCGAGGAUAUGCGCCUACUUCCCUGGUUAAACGAAAACGAUUCCGGUUACGACGACUCAGGAAAUGAGAAGAAUCAUGAGAAAAAGCUAAAAUUGGAUCAAAUGUGCGAUGACAGUAAAUCCGGAACCAUGUCGAUGCAAGUUAAUAACGACGACGAAAAUAACGGUCAGCCGUGUACAUCACUGAGUGUAUUUAACAGAAAAAGACCGUAUCAAAUUGAUUUUAAAUAGUCUAGUAGUGUUAGUUGGUUUGAAAUCAAAAUUAACAAUUUGUUUUACUGUACAUAGUAAUUUUUGACACUGGUGUCAAAUUU